GAGAGGGGAGGGUGGAGUAAGAAAAAGGAGAGAGGGUGGCCCGAAAACUAAGAGAGGAGAGCUAGAGACGAGGAAAGGAACAGAAAACCUGCAACACCUCAUCAGCUGUUUGUACUGCUUGUCAACUCUUCUUUUACCAUGGCUACAACAUCCCAGGACUUAAACUAAGGAGGAAACAAAGACACGAGUGUGAGAGAGAAAGAGAGAGGAAAGAGAAAAAUAAAAAAAGCAAGAACCCUUCACUUCUAAGUCAAAAAGGAAGAGUGAGAGUGAAAGGAGAGAGAGGAAAGGUGGGCGAGAGGAGGAGUAGGCACCCUUUCCUUGAAGAAGUAAGCGUGCAAGGGGAAAAGGAGAGAGGAGGAAGGAGGGAGCGCACUCUACUGUGUGGACAUGGGGUUGUAUGCUGUUCUGUUGAUCUGUCUAUCCCAGGCACAGUUUGGGAGAAUUUGGGCGCAGGAGCGAACAGAUGAUACGUCACUGCGGAUAGAUGGGGGCUCGUCUGAGAUGGGCAGGAUCUACCGAGACCAGCAGCCCUCCAUCAAACAUGGUCAGAACCGAGCGGUACGCCACGCACUGGGGGGAGGACUGGACAUUGAUACCUUGCCCGACAACAUGACCCAUGUGGUGGAGGACUCUCAGAGGUACUACAGGUGGAGGAGUUACGGGCCAGGAGAGAGACGGAUGGAGGAACUCUGGGUAGACCUAAAUGCUGUGCAACAGAGCAAAGUCAGAGUGCACGGCAUCCUGUCCAACACACACCGGCAGGCAGCGCGUGUGGCUCUCUCCUUUGACUUCCCCUUCUAUGGACACUACCUGAGACAAAUCACCAUAGCAACAGGAGGGUUCAUCUUCACGGGGGAGAUCACGCAUCGCAUGCUGACAGCCACACAGUACAUCGCCCCCCUCAUGGCCAACUUUGACCCCAGUUUUUCAAAAAACUCAACAGUGCGGUACAUGGACAAUGGUGAGGUGUUUGUGGUGCAAUGGGACAAGGUGCGGCUUCAGGGGCGCGAGGCAGAGGGAACCUUCACCUUCCAGGCUGCUCUCCAUAACAAUGGAACAAUCGCGUUCAACUACAGAGAGGUUCCUUUGCCAGUAGAGAAGAUCAACUCCACUGAACACCCAGUGAAGGUGGGCCUGUCCGACGCGUUCAUGGCCCUCCUCCCCUCUCCACAGUCCUCAGAUGCAAGACGGCGGACCAUCUAUGAGUACCAUAGGGUAGAGAUUGACACCACUAAGAUCAACAAUCACUCUGCCUUUGAAUUCACACCAUUGCCCACAUGUCUCCAACACACCACCUGUGAACUCUGUCUCAUAUCCAACCUGACAAAUGGCUGUGGUUGGUGCAACACACUGCAAAGAUGCUCCGAUGGAAUUGAUCGUCACAGACAGGAGUGGCUCGACUACAACUGUCCUGAAGAGGCAAAAGAGGGCACUUGUGAGGACUACACUCAGGGUGGCCCUGAGGGUUCCAUGGGGUCCUUCAACCACUCAGCCCCAGAGCCCACACCCUCCCCUGCAGUGCUCUCAGAUAUCCCCGUCACUGAGGACUUGCAAACGGGUCCUCCGCACCAGGAACGGACGGAGCACACUGCGAUUAUUGCAGGUGUGGUGGCAGCCCUCAUUCUGCUGGUAGCCUUGACCCUUUUGGCUGUCUACUAUAUCAACACACACCCCACUGUUGCUCCUCCAUUCUACCUCAUGCAGCGACACACCAAUAACUACUGGCCAUCUAUGAAGUUCCACAACCAGACCUGUCACUCCACCUAUGCUGAGGUGGAGCUUGGGGGUCACGAUAAGGAGGGCUUCAUUGAGGCCGAACAGUGCUGCUAACUAGGCUGGACUUCCGGGGCAACGUUGGACAAGAGAGUGAGCGCCAUUUUGGGGAUUAAAAAGGAACGAGAGGGGACAGAAAUGCAAAACGUCCCUUAUUCGUACUAUGGUGGACAAUGUGUAACUGCUUGUAGAGAACAGUACUUUGCCUGUUUUGUCUGUGUCUCUCGCUCUUCGCCUGUCCAACAUGCAGCAGCUGUCUAUGGCCCUGUUCGAAUACUCUAAUAAUACAUUCUUCCUCCUUCCCUUCCUUGAGGUAAGCACAAAUCUAACAUUAUUUGAUAGGUGAGCAAGAAGUCCACUACAUUGAUUUCACCAAUCAUAUCAUAUCAGAUCAGCGAUAACUUCAAGGAAGGACGGCCUACAGCGCCUUCGGGAAUGUAUUCAGACACUUUGGCUUUUUCCACAUUUUGUUACGUUACAGCCUGACUCUAAAAAUGGAUUUAAUUGUUUUUUCCCUCAUCAAUCUACACAAAGCAUAAACAUUUUUUUUUAGAAAUGUUUUCUAAUUUAUCAAAAAUAAUAAAUGGAAAUAUCACAUUGACAUAAGUAUUCAGACCCUUUACUCAGUACUUGGUUGAGGCACCUUUGGCAGCGAUUACAGCCGUGAGUCUUCUUGGGUAUUAUUCUAUCAUCCUGGCACACCUACACUACCGGUCAAACAUAAUAGUGAAGACAUCAAAACUAUGAAAUAGCACAUAUGGAAUCACGUAGCACAUGUGGAAUUUGUUCCUUAUUAAUGUGUUUGAGACAAUCAGUUGUGCUGUGACAAGGUAGGGGGGGGGGGGGGUAUACAGAAGACAGCCCAAUUUGGUAAAAGACCAAGUCCAUAUUAUGACAAGAACAGCUCAAACCAGCGAUGAGAUAUUACAGUCCAUCAUUACUUUAAGACAUGAAGGUCAGUCAAUCUGGAAAAUUUCACCAAAUUGGAAAGUUUCUUCAAGUGCAGUUGCAAACACCAUCAAGCGCUAUGAUGAAACUGGAUCUCAUGAGGACCGACACAGGAAUGGAAGACCCAGAAUUAACUCUGCUGCAGAGGAUAAAUUCAUUAGAGUUACCAGCCUCAGAAAUUGCAGCCCAAAUAAAUAUUUCAUAGUUCAAGUAACAGACACAUCUCAACAUCAACUGUUCAGAGGAGACGGUGUGAAUCAGGUGGAAUUAUACUGCAAAGAAACCACUACUAAAGGACACCGAAGAGACUUGCUUGGGCCAAGAAACACAAGCAACCGGUGGAAAAUUGUCCUUUGGUCUGGAGUCCAAAUUGGAAUUUUUGGUUCCAACAGCCAUGGUUUUGUGAGACGCGGUGUAGGUGAACGGAUGAUCUCCGCAUGUGUAUUUCCCACCGUAAAGCAUUGAGGAGGGGGUGUUAUGGAGUUGGGGUGAUUUGCUGGUGACACUGUCUGUGAUUUAUUUAGAAUUCAAUGCACUAUUAACCAGCAUGGCUACCACAGCGUUCUGCAGCGAUAUGCCAUCCCAUCUGUUUUGGGCUUAGUGGGACUAUCAUUUGUUUUUCAACAAGAUAAUGACCCAACACACCUCCAGGCUGUGUAAGGGCUAUUUGACCAAGAAGGAGAGUGAUGGAGUGCUGCAUUUGAUGGCCUGGCCUGCACAAUCACCCGACCUCAACCCAAAUGAGAUGGUUUGGGAUGAAUCGGACCACAGAGUGAAGGAAAAGCAGCCAACAAGUGCUCAGCAUAUGUGGGAACUACUUUAGGACUGUUGGAAAAGCAUUCCAGGUGAAGAUGGUUGAGAGAAUGCCAAGAAUGUGCAAAGCUGUCAUCAAGGGUGGUUACUUUGAAGAAUCUCAAAUAUAAAAUAUAUUUUGAUUUAACACUUUUUGGUUACUACAUGAUUCCAUAUGUGUUAUUUCAUAGUUUUGAUGUCUUCACUAUUAUUCUACUAGGUAGAAAAUAUUUAAAAAUAAAGAAAAACCUUUGAAUGAGUAGGUGUUCUUAAACUUUUGACCGGUAGUGUUUAUUGAGAUCCUCUCAAGCUCUGUCAGGUUGGAUGGGGAACAUUGCUGCACAGCUAUUUUCAGGUCUUUCCAGAGAUGUUCAAUCCAGUUCAACUCCGGGCUCAGACUGGGCCACUCAAGGACAUUCAGAGACUCCUGGGUUGCCUUGGCUGUGUGCUUAGGGUCAUUGUCCUGUUGGAAGGUGGCCCGUCAUCCCAGUUGGAGGACCUGAGCCCUCUGAAGCAGGUUUUCAUCAAAGAUCUCUCUGUACUUUUCUCCGUUCAUCUUCCCCUCAAUCCUAGUCUCCCAGUCCCUGCCACUGAAAAACAUCUCCACAGAAUGAUGCUGCCACCAACAUUCUACCCCGUAGGGAUGGUGCCAGGUUUCCUCCAAACUUGACGCUUGGCAUUCAGGCCAAAGAGUUCAGUCUUGGUUUCAUCAGGCCAGAGAAUCUUGUUUCUCAUGGUCUGAGAGUCUUUAGGUGCCUUUUGGCAAACUCCAUGCGGGCUGUCAUGUGUUUUUUACUCAGGAGUGGCUUCUGUCUGGCCACUCUACCAUAAAGGUCUGAUUGGUGGAGUGCUGCAAAGAUGGUUGUCCUUCUGAAAGAAUCUCCACAGAGGAACUCUUGAGCUUUGUCAGUGACCAACGGGUUCUUAGUCACCUCCCUGACCUCCCUCCCAGGCCCUUAUCCCCCAAUUGCUCAGUUUGUUCCGGGAGGCCAGCUCUUGGAAGAGUCUUGGUGGUUCCAAACUUCUUCCAUUUAUGAAUGAUAGAGGCCACUGUGUUCAAGGUGAUCUUCAAUGCUGCAGAAAUGUUGUUGGUACCCUUCCCCAGAUCGUUGCCUCAAUACAAUCCUGUCUCAGAGCCCCCAAUCAAGUUGUAGAAACAUCUCAAGGAUGAUCAUUGGAAUCAGGAUGUAGCUGAGCUCAAUUUCGAGUCUCAUAGCAAAGGGUCUGAAUUCUUAAGUAAAUAAGGUAUUUCUGUUUUUGUUUUUGUUACAUUUGCAAACAUUUCUAAAAACGUUUUUUUCUUUUUGUUAUUAUGGGGUAUUGUGUGUAGAUUGCUGAGGAAUCUUUAAGAAAUAUAUAUUUUAGAAUAAGGCUGUAACGUAGCAAAAUGUGGAAAAAGUCAAGGGGUCUGAAUACUUUCCGAAGGCACUGUAUGUAUAAUCAGAGAGGAUGGAUGUUGGAAAAACUCCAUCUGAGAGAAAAGAGCUGAAUACACAUUGUGUGUAAAGUCAGGGAAUGGUACAGACACACUAGCCUUCAUUACUGCAAACCAAUGUACAGUUCAACUUUAUAAUGGCUGUGUUUUAAUUUUGUUCUGUUUUGAGAAGAUAUCUUGUGUUUUCUAAAAUGUCUUGGUUGGUGAACAACCGUUGAGUUACAGUAUAUGUACAAUACUAUAGCCACAUGGACUUCAAUAUAACAGAUAUAUUUUAGUGAUUCUAAUGAUCAUUAUUGUCAUGAACCACUUUGGAAAAACCUGGUUAUAUUGUUUUGGAGAAAUGUACUUUCAUUAAGUUUAGCAUAUGAAAAAAAAACAUGUUUUGUUUUGACAUCAGUACUGUUUGAAAAUGUUCCAAUAAAAACUUGUGGUUGGUUUUGAUAAAAUCCUUGAGUCGCUCAAAUAAAUUAGCAUUUUUCAAGCACAUGGUCAGUCAUGGCAUGGCCUAUACAGUUAUUCAAGGUUUUAGUACCCAAUUAUAAGCCGAGGCCAUAGAGAAAUAGGCAAAGCGAGAGGUUUUACAAAAAAUAGGUCCACGAUAAUAAGCCCUGCAAAGUGAGGAUUUCUUUUUAAAGGGGUGAAUGACAACAUGUUGAAUUUGGGCUACAAAAUGUUUUAAUUACUAAUUUGCUACGUGAGACUUAUUUGAUCGAAUAUAUACGUUUCGUAAUGGUUAGGUUGUUCCAAUGCACUGAUAAACAGUGCCGUGAAAGAGUAUUUGCUCACUUCCUAAUUUUCUCUAUUUUUGCAUAUUUCUGACACUGAGGGCUCUUUUAAGGUGGCGAUAGUGUCAAACACACAUAAAAACUGGCGCACAUGGCAUUUUACAACCCUAACGCCAAGUUCGGCAAUUUACCAAGUCUAACAUCAGUACGAUUUUGCUCAGAUGCACAUGGAACAAGGUAUGCUUUUGGUGCCUGUAGACUUCAUAUUUAUAAAAACCAAGCAUCACUUCCCUCCUCUCUAUGAAGGCUGUUUUCCUUUCACCCUGCUCAAUGUAAUCAAGUAGACUAGUCAAGACCGUUGACAAAGUGUUUAGCUUGUGAGGCCGCUUGGAAAGAAAUCUUCAACUUUAAUCUUAAGCUUUAUUCAAAUCUAAAGUUUGAGAUGAGCAAAACAGUGAGCUGACAGUGAGCCUUUUUAUCUAUGUAUUGUAGGCAGGCCUACAUUGUUUUUAGCCAUACUUUGGACAUGCGAAAACCCUCUCCGUGAUGUAGACUACGGGUCCAUACCUAUCAUGAAACAAGAGAUGUGAACCUCGGUGAAUACCGGCAAACCUCAUAUUUAGAAGUUAUUUCCUGUAACAGUAGUUUGUUUUUCUGUUAAAAGAAAAUCAACCCAAGCCCACGUAGGCUACCCUUACUUACCCUAGGCCUACUAUAACAAAAGCUGGUUCAACAGCAACGCCUCGUGUCUUUUUUUUUACCCUGGCGAUUUAUGAUAUUAUUACAUUUGACAUGUAUUUAUUGUUGUUGAAAAAACAGAUUGCUUGUUUUUUGUUUCAUUUUAUUAAAGCCAAACUUAUUAGAAUGUUUCACUGUCCUAGUCUUAUGGUAAGAAGUGUGAAUGUGAUCUGCAAGAUGGUUCCAAUAUGUACUGUAUACAAACAGAAAUAUAAACUCAACAUGUAAAGUUUUGGUCCCAUGUUUCAUGAGCUGAAAUAAAAGUUCCCAGAAA